AUGCGCGGGCUCCCUCCUUCGCCCUCGUCAGUCCGCGGGCGUCGCCUCCCGCCGGCAGCAGCACAGCCGCAGGGCUUCCAGGGACCGAGCCCCCGUCACCUCAAGGUUGCACAGCGGGUGGGAAGGCAGAGGAGGGAAAGCUGGGUCAAUUGCAAGUCGCGCUCCUGUCCCUCCCAGUUUUCCCUUGCUUGGGGGCUACAAAGAGCACCUCAGCCUUGGCAGGCACUGGCAGUGACAAAGUCAUGCUCUGGAUUCUCCCAGCCUGCACUCCACUUUUCACCCUGCCUGGGAGCCUGGAGAAAAUGCCUGCAGAGAGUUGAAAAAAAUGAUGAGGACCAAAAGAUUGAACAAGAUGGCAUCAAACCAGAAGAUAAAGCUCAUAAGGCCGCGACCAAAAUUCAGGCUAGCUUCCGUGGACACAUAACGAGGAAAAAGCUCAAAGGAGAGAAGAAGGGUGAUGCCCCAGCCGCUGAGGCGGAGGCGAAUGAGAAGGAUGAAGCCCCCGUCACUGAUGGUGCGCAGAAGAAGGAGGGAGAAGGUGCCACUCCCGCUGAAGCGGCCCCAGCCGCCGGCCCCAAGCCCGAAGAGACCGGCAAAGCCGGCGAAACUCCUUCCGAGGAGAAGAAGGGGGAGGGCGCCCCCGAGGCUGCCACAGAGCAGGCAGCGCCCCAGGCUCCUGCCCCCUCGGAGGAGAAGGCCGGCUCUGCUGAGACAGAAAGUGCCACUAAAGCUUCCACUGACAACUCGCCGUCCUCCAAGGCCGAAGACGCGCCAGCCAAGGAGGAGCCUAAACAAGCCGACGUGCCUGCUGCUGUCACCGCUGCUGCUGCCGCCGCCACCCCUGCUGCAGAGGAUGCUGCUGCCAAGGCAACAGCCCAGCCUCCAUCGGAGACUGCGGAGAGCAGCCAAGCCGAGGAGAAGAUAGAAGCUGUAGACGAAACCAAACUUAAGGAAAGUGCCCGGCAGGAUGAGGGUAAAGGAGAAGAACGCGAGGCGGACCAAGAACAUGCCUGAACUUUAAGAAAUGGCUUUCCACAUCCCCACUCUCCCCUCUCCUGAACCCUGUCGCUCCUCACCCUCUUCUCAACUCCUCUCUGAAGUUUCCCUUCCUGUCCUGCUCACGUCUGUGAGUCUGUCCUCUCCCACCCACUAGCCCUCUUUCUCUCUGUGUGGCAAACAUUUAAAAAAAAAAAAAAAAGCAGGAAAGAUCCCAAGUCAAACAGUG